CUGAAGGACACAGCGCUGCGCUCUGCUCUGCUCUGCUCUGCUGUGGUGUAGCGCGUCGCUGCUAGAGUUGGAGAGCCCGCUCCGAUAGGGGGGAUACAUAGACUCACUCUGCUCUCUCUCUCUCUCUCUCUCUUUCCUCCUCCCUCCCUCCCUCUUUCUUUCUGUGUCGCCGUCUGUCUCUCUUUUCCCCCCGCGCUCUCUCGUUCAUGAAUGUCACCUCUAUCUCUGGGAAAUGCUGGAUUUACCAAGCCCCGCGUCUUUUCCCCCCUUCUCCUCCUCCUCCUCCUCCUCCUCCUCCUCCUCCUCAGGGCGCGAGUGAACGCAAAGGGUGAUGCCAGGAGGGCUUGAAAGACGGCGAGGAGACAAGCCGCCCUCCGUCCAGCAGCGUCCGCAUCCCUCCGUCAGCCCGCGGAGCUGAUACCUCAGGUCGGACGGUCCCUAUACUUGUUUCGCCUCCCACUUCCCCGUGCGCUGACAUUGUUUCGGAUGGAGGGAUUUCACAGGUGAGGGAAGGAGCUGCAGUGUCACUCCUGUUGUUUCGCGUCCGGACCCUUUUCCCGUUUCCACUCAAUCGGAUCUUCGGGGACUGAGCAGUUUAAGAGGACUAAAUGUGAUAUAUAUAUAUUUAUUUUUUUUGUUGUUUUUGCGUUCGGGUCCGCUUUGACAAUGCGGCGAAUGGUUCGUUUCCCUUUCGGACGUUGUGAAGCUGAACUUCACCGGAGCUAGGAGAACUCUGGGACCGGGACGGAGGCGUCGGGAGGAUGGUUUUCAGGCGGAUAACAACGCGACUUGUCCCAACAGCAACAGUGACAGGUCAAAGCUAGAGCUGAACCCGACUCCCGACCAGAAACCGAACCACCAGAGGGACAUUUAAAAGGCGGGCGUCCACCGAUCCAAACCUCCCCGAGCGGCAGUUGUCAGAUUUGGGUGGGCUUCGGAAAGAUCCACCCCUCUUUCCCUCCACCUCCUCCUCCUCCUCCUCCUCCUCCUCGUCUGUCUCCCUUCCUCUCCUCCUCCUCCUGCCCUUUCUCCCCGCCCGCUUUCGGUCCAUCCUCAGAAGCCCCCCUCCUCCGCUCUGCACCCCUCCCUCAGCGGUGCUCCGUCGCCCUGGGUGAGCGGGCAGGGGGGCGGCCCACGGUACCCCCCGACACCUGGGCGCCACCGAGCCGCCAGAGGCUGGUGAGGCGGCGGCAGGGUCAGCGCUGGGAAGAUGGCCGCUCUCGCCAGCUCCCUCAUUCGCCAGCGCAGGGAGGUCAAGGACCCCCAGGCAAACCGGCAGAUCGCCAGCAAGCGCAAGCCCUGCCCGAAGAGCAACAAGUCGCUCUGCCAGAAGCAAAUCCUCAUAUUAAUAUCAAAGGUUCGACUAUGUGGCAGUCGAGGGAGAAAAAUGGAAAAAAGACCGGAGCCCCAGCUGAAGGGCAUCGUCACGCGGCUCUACUGCAGACACGGCUUCUACCUCCAGAUGCUGCCGGAUGGCACCAUGGAAGGCACAAAGGACGAAAGCAGCUCCUUCUUGCAGUUCAACUUGAUUCCUGUGGGUCUGAGGAUCGUGGCCAUCCAGAGCACCAAAACGGGGCUCUACGUUGCCAUGAACAGCGAGGGCUACCUCUACACUUCGGAGCACUUCACGCCCGAGUGUAAGUUUAAGGAGUCUGUGUUCGAGAACUACUACGUCACCUACUCGUCCAUCCUGUACAGACAGACCCAGUCUGGGAGGGCCUGGUACAUCGGCAUCAACCGGGACGGCCAAGUCAUGAAGGGAAACCGUGUCAAGAAGACCAAGGGAGCUGCUCACUUCCUGCCCAAACUAAUCGAAGUGGCCAUGUACAGGGAGCCCUCUUUACAUGACGUCGCUGAACAGAGUCCGCCCAGGAAAACGCCCAAGACCUCCAGUGACUCGCCCGUGCUCCACAACGGCAAGAAAGACCCUCAAUCUAAAACCAAAACCUCCUCCUCCUAGCGCUCAGAGACACAAGGGGAGACGAUGGGUGGACGACAUCAUGGGGGAAUUCGGGCACCAGCCGACACCUGAAGAAGGUUGUUAGGGCUACCCCCCCACCUGCUGCCUGUAAUACUGACCCCACAAUGCACUGGUGUAAUGUUGGAGAAAAGGAGCAGGUCCAUCCAGGCAGAGUGGAGCCGGCCAAUGGGAAGCCCCUUUUAUCUUCACAGACCUGCAUCCACACCAGCCCUCCACCUUCUUAUUUACUAACCUCUGUGAUUAGCAGAGCCUGGGAUAUAAAAGCAAUAACUCCAUGAAGUGGUGAACAGUGGCCUAGCAUUGUAUAGCAUGUCACUACAGCGCGUUUAACCGGCUGGAAGGAGAUCCCUCACGCCUUCCGGCCAAUCGUUACCGACAUCCGUCCAGCCAACCAAAUAUCAGAGCAAUGUCUUCCUGGUUUUACCACAACGGGCGCAACAUGGCAAAUCUGUCCCUCUGCAGCACAUCCUUUACAAAUGGGUUGUAUUUUUAUUUCCCCCGAGGGGGUUUCUCGCUAAUGUUAGCUUGACACGGAGCCAUGCUAACGCAAGGCCGUCACAGAGAACCCACGCAGACUCUCGCUCUGCUGCCAUCUGCCCGGUCCACGUCUUCUGUUUGCGUCAGCAACUUUGGGAGAUGGCCCGAAUACUUGUCAGCCUUGUUUGCGCGUGUUUGUGUGUGUGUUCACUUCUUCUUCUUCCAUUCACCUUUGGCACGAUUUGAUUAGUUUGUGACACGGACUCAAUUUUCCACUCUGCGGCACAAGAAACCCCCCCCUCCCCCUCCCCUCUCCCCUCUCCUCCGGCUCCGUUAAUGGAGUCUGGGGCUGAUCAGAAUCUUUCGACCCUUAAACGAGGCGGCCACGAGCUCCCUGAACACACACGCACACGCACACGCAGACACACUUAUACACUGACAUUUACGAACAUGCACAGACAGGUGUGUGUUAGCGCCCUGAUGUCGAUGAGCGACGGCCGCGGAAAACGAUCUCUCUCGACUUAACGCACUUAACGCAAACGGCGUGCAUUAACACACACACACACACAAACCCUUAUGAAUGCACACAUUUGUGACGACACAGCGGCGAGUGUGUGCUCAGGUUCUGGGAGAUGAUGAGGAUGUCAUCAGUGAGAUGGGAUAGUGAUGGAGCCUGACUGUGUAGCUUAUGAUUGCGCUGCAAUAGCCAUUUUUUUUUUUUUUUAGUGUGGCCACCCAUGCAUCGCGCAAACCCUCAAGGCCCACAGAAUGUCUGCAGACCCUCUUUCCACUCAGAGUGGUUUUGUUGUCUCAAAAUAUAUAGAAAAAUGUGUUUUUUUUUCUCAAUAAUUGCAUCUAAAUUACAUUCUGCUCCAUCAUCCCAGAAAAUAUUCUUUGUGCAACGUUAUUCCUAUGAGCUAAGGUUUUGGAGCGCAGUGUUGACUCAUAGUAAAGUCAUCGAAACAGCUGUUCAAUGUCCCAAUCUAAUUUAACCCGACAAAUUUAAAGCUCCGAUCUGACCCACCGGCGACUUAUUUAUCACACUGUCUAUACUGUUGUGGCCUGGGAGUCGGCCAAGAGUCCCCCCCCACCCCCACCCCACUCCACCCCCCAGCAAACAGUAUAUCACAGUGGGGAAAUUUCAAUCCGCAGUCACUCUUUUCAGAAUUCAUUACAGCCAGCGGAUGUCUGCUGUUAGUGUGGGCUUUACGUGGGGAUGGACGAAAGAGAAACCAUAAUUAUACACGUCGCUUCAGCUACCUUAGAGCUGAUUGUAUUCUUUUUCGUUUUCUUCUUUUUUUUUAACAAAUAGGUGCCAACUGAUAAAGAAGUAAAGAUUCAUACUGUAUAUCACGCGUGUUGUAAAGAACUUUAAAGGACGAACGUCACAUAAGUUUUUCGCUCUGGUUGCUUGCAGUGCUAUCUAGUUGUGUGCAGAGGUGCCUUUUUUUUUUUUAACCCUGAAACAGAUUAACAGGUUUAACUAUGUCGUGUGUCCGCAGCAGAAAACAUACCCGCAAAAGCAGAAUACCACCAUGUCGACUAAAAAACACAAUUUGAAGUGUCCUGUUGUGAUACUGUGAACAUGCUCAAAAACAAAUCCUUGAUAAAAUACGUACAUUUAUUUUCAAGAAGAACUAACCGAUUGACAGAAAGUAGCUACAUUACUUAUGUGUGUACCAUAAGAUUAUUAUAUGGCAUAGGUCUUCAACUGGGGGUCCGUGACCCCUUGGGGGCCCGCAAAGGUACUGCAGGGGGGGGUCGCAUACUCUUUGGUUGAUUAGAUGUUUUUAUAUAUAUUUAUAUUUUUAA